AUGCGCACCAUUUCAAAUGUCAACAUUCAGGGUGCGAUGACCCACCUGAUUGUCGGUUUCAUUUUUAUGCGCAUAGACGAUGAUGAUGGUUAUGAUGAUAAUUAUGAUGAUGAUGAUGAUGAUGAUGAUGAUGAUGAUGAUGAUGAUGAUGAUGAUGAUGAUGUCCACCGCUGUAACAACAACCGGCCGCGGAAUUUACGUAUGAUAAAAUGGUAAGGAUCAUGAGAGAACCCCCAAGCAUCUGUGGCAUAAAAAGACUAAAUACUAUACUUAUUUAAGUGGGUUUAAGUCCGACAGGAUUAUUCCCGUUUGGCGCCCAAACGUACUAUGUUGUGUCGUCUGUUGUACGGUUCAGUGUAUUAUCUAAAAUGACCUCAGUUCAGAGAAAUAAGAAGCGAUCUGUCUGGACAUUAAACGUUUAUUUGUUCACUUGUCCUGCUUAAUUUCGGUUGCUUUAUGCCAGUGCAUUAAAACUUUCCACCCGAAAAAAAGAAUUAACAAAUUACCAAAUUUGGUGUUUCAACGUACGUAUUUGUCGCUAUAUAUCAAUGCAUUAAAACUGUCCCAGCUAAAAACGCAUUUACUUAUUUUGCCAUUACUUUAUGCUCGCAUAAACCCCGCCCCUAUUACCACCUUUUCCCUCUAGACAGGCACUUUUGGCUGGUCGGGCGUGUUUAAUGUCCAUCACUCGAUCGUAGACUCCCAUUUUAGGUCAUGUUUGGACACGCCAAAUGAUGCAACUAAAACGAUAGUAUGCACAAAUAAGCCGGCAUGACUCCGCGUAUGUCGCUGCCCGGUCAAAACGCGUACGCAGUUCACUGGCGCGUUUUGGCCAUUAUGUUCCCUAAAAAGCAUACACACGCGGUGUCCUUGAGUAGCAUUGCGUCACGUCCUACAUUUUACUUGACUUUUCGAUUAGUUCUAGAGAUACCUCAGCAAAAUCAGUGAUUUAAUUUCGUAAUCGUACUACGUCAAAACGCCUACGCAGUUUAUUGGCACCGUUAUCGUCAUUUUAAACAGCAAAAAGCAUACACACUCGGUUUCCAUGAGUACCAUAUCGUCACGUGCCACAUACUAUUUGACUGUUCGAUCAGUGCUAGUGAUACCUCAGCAAACAGAGUGAUUCAGUCUCCUAAUCGUGCCACGCUAACCACGCACGAGACGUUACAGCAGCCUGACGGGUGGCUCCAGGUCAUUGAUCACGCACACGUAGGCGUCAGACGACAUUAACAAUUGCUUAAUUGUAGGCAUUAUUUGAAGCGCAUUUGCGUCAGCAUGUGCAAGCACAUAAAAAUAUACCUCAGAAUACAAAUGACAAUAAGAGCUGUGCUGUAAAUUUGUCCCUUGCAUUUCCAAAUAUGUGAAGUGAGUAGAAGGCAAAAGAGAAGGUAAUGCACCCGCAAAAUCUCUACUCUCACCUAAUUCGUAUGAACAAUUGCUCAAAAUGAACUGAAAGUGUCCCACGGGUCGGCCUUACCAACUGAAAUUCAAGACAAAUAAAGGUCUGCAUAACUAAUAAGAACGGGCCAAUGUAGGUUUCCGAGAUGUCCAUUAGCAAACAUACUCCUCUUGCAAAGGUCAUACAACAAAAAAAAAUCUGCUCCUUUUAGGUUGACCAGUCUUACUUUGUUACUUUUACCAGUUAAUGACAUGGACAAGGUUGAAACACGAAAAUGUUGACUUGUUGGUUUCAUGCGCAAGUCCGUAACAAGAGCAGUAAUUAAGUCUUCAACGGCGUGGAUUAUAUAUUUGUUGCCAAUGGUGCUGCUUUCAGAGACAUCCACGUUUACAACUUUGCUGAUUUUCCUCUAAUUAAAAUUUACCCUUAUUUUGAUGAUAGUAUACCCUCGUAAUUCAACUAAUGUUGGGGAUGUGUUUUUGAACAUUACUGUAGUGCAUGUCCUCUGUCGUAAAUUCGGCAUCAACUGUUAAAUAAUAGUUAUCUUCCAUCACUGUUAUUACAGGUUGAAUGAAACAUGGUCAAUGUAUUUUACUCCCACAUUCUACGCAGGAAUAGAUUUACAUAAUGAACGGUGCUAUCAUGAUUAACAAGAAGUAAGCGUUUGUUAUUUUCUCGCAUUUAUGUUUGUGAUAAAUAUCAGCAAAUGAAUAAUGAGUUCCAAAAAUCUUAAUCCAAAUAUCAUCCAUCUUCCUUUUAACUACACCACUUUUUCGAGAAUUAGACCUAUAAUUGGCUGCAUAUGUUUAUCUGGAAUUACAGUUACUGUUACCAAACUACCUUAAAUUAAAGAGAAAAUGAACGUUCAGAAGUAGACUUUUUGGUUUCAUACGCAUGUGCGCUGAUAUCUGGCGCGCCCGUCACAAAGGCGGUAAUUACGUCGUCCACGGCGUGUUUAAUAUAAUUUGCGGAACAUGCUGCCUUUGGAGAUAUCCACGUUUUCAUAUAUGUUAAUUUUCCUCGAAGUCAAAUUCACUCUAAAUUUGACGCUACAAAACCCCCCAAUUCAACUAACGUUGUGGAUCUGUUUUUGAACAGUACUUUAGUGCAUGUCCUCUGUCUCAAAGUCGGCAUUAAAUUUUCAGUAACAUUAAUCUAUCCAGCACUGAGAUUACACGUUGAAUGACCUAUGGUCAAUAAACACUAUUCCUAAGUUGUAGGCCGGGAACGAUGUAGAUAAUGGAGCAAAUGAAGAAGUUAAUAUUUAUUGUUUUCCGUUCUUGUCUGUGUGAGAACAAUCAGUAAAUAACUCAUGAUUUCGAAUAAUGUUAACCUAUAUUUCUUACCAUCAUAAUAUUAAGAUCCCAUUAUUCCGUGAAUAAGAGCUAAAAUUUUCUGCAUAUGAUUAUAUAAUAUUUCAGCAACUGUUGCAACAUCGACCUAUACUGGGGGUGGUCGCGCAGACUUGUGAUUGCAGGACAGUUCCACACUACCAUUGGCAGUAUCAACGGAAUCGACACAUCCUUACACAGUGUUUGCAUAAACACAGAUUCGUUUCAUCAACAUAGAAACCCGCCCAUUUACCGCCCGAAAUUUAAAGUACUUCAAUCGUGGAGAUAAAAGCCGCUGCGUACGGCGUUUUCUAUAUGCGUUAUCAUGGUUGACUGCUUGAUAAAUGGAUAGGAAACUGAGAAACGUAACGGGUCGGUUAGUCCAACUUAGUUCUUUCUACCCGUAUGCCAACUAAUUUGAUUCGUCAGGUCAACGGCACAAAAUUGUCGUUUGCACACUUUUGGGCAACGGUCGAUUCGAAACGUACUAGAAGAUUUUUUUAAGGAACGUUUAUGUCAUCGCUAUCAGCAAUAUAACAUUUUGUUUAAUCAAUAGGCUGCGCAAUAGGUGGUGGCUUGUAUUCGUUCAUUUACGAGAUAUGGCUGUGGAUUGGGUGUUUUGUCUUAAACGCGUUGCGUAGAUUUUAUUUAAUAAACACUCACAAACCAUUAUGACAAUGAAUAAAAGUAUCUUUUCAUUGUUGUCAUUAAUGCAUGAGCAAAAUUGGCCGCAUUCAGUUGGAACCGUGCAGUUGACAUGACGGCGGCUUACAAAAUGUUAUCCGACUGUUUGUCAACUUAUGUCCUUAUUUUGCCUAAGAAUUCUUUGUUAUCCCAUUUUGGUUUGGUUUGGCUCUUUUAGUUGCGCACGGUAUGUCCAUUCAUAUCGGAAGUUAACCAGAUCCUUAACUGAUUUUUCGUUUACUUCACUGACGUAUGUACAGCGUCCAUGUCAUAUGCUUGGAACGUAAAGUUAACUGGGCAUUCUGUUUGAAGCAUUUGGCCUUCCUGAAUAAUCUUAUCUCCAAAAAUAAUUAUCGUCUCAAGAUCCAGCUCUCCAAAAUUGACGAGUACGACUAAUUAAUUGUCGCGUUCAUGUUUUACCGACGACCACAUGUACUGUUAGUUUGAAAGCGGUCCGUAAUUUCGUAUCUUCCAAGUAGUGCAUCGUAAAUUCUAGCUUCCUAGGUACGAGAAUCAAGUUGUAUGUUAUUUGUCACGUGUGUAGUCUUCUAUGAAAAAUAUAUUUUUACAUCAUGAAUGUGACUUUGGAUUUUCUGAAGCAUUCUGAAAAGGACAAGAUUAAGAAAAGAAUCCCUUGGGACUUAAAUUGCCCGACCUCUGGCGUAUGUUUAAAAUGUAUGUACACUUAAACGAUCAAACGGUUGAUGUAAUUGUUUCCCUUGUUGCUAAAGACGGAGGCGAAGACUGCGUUUUAUGUCGUCGCAUCCAUUUUUUUUUAACUCUGAUGCUUAUAAUUUGUAUUAAGUCUGUUCUAUUUGCUGACUCAAUUUAUUUAAUCCGGACUAUAAGCGUUCUAUAUGUAUCCGACAUAAGCUGCAUUAAUCUAAAACGCUAUCUUUUAUACUUAUUACAUUUCGCACAAAUAGCAUAAUCAAACUAUUGCUUAAAUGACGUAUUGCUGACAAAUGAUGUGGUUGCAUCGAAAAGUUGUGGCUGAUGUCACUAAAAAAACGUCAUGAUAAAAACUUCAGCGAAUAUGAAAGUGCAUUUCCAGAUUAAUCACAGUCCACCAUUAUAUAACUGGCUUACUUUACCAAGAAAUAUAGUUUGGCAAAUAGUUUUGCUACUUUUCGAUUGUAAUCUGCUGCCGUCACCCUUUUCUCGAUGAAUCGAAUAAGAUUCUUCCAUCUGUGCACGUUAAAGUCCUUUUACUGCAAGCUUUUUCAGUUACCUUGGUGGUCACACUUCAGCAUAUGCAGUGAGUGACAGGUCUUAUGAAAUCUAAAAUGCGUUUUCGAUUAGGAAAGAUAACUGGGGUUGGAGAAAAACAAUAAUUGCCAUGCGAUAUGGCCUUUAGGUACUUCUGACUGGCCGAGAUGUCGGCUUUUGAAUGCACUUCUGGUUGUCCUCCAGGAAAAAACUACACUCGGGAAGAAUUAGUGACUAAAGUUAAAUACAUUUGCCACUGCAGAGGCGAGCAUUUAAUUCCGACAUUCUAGCCACGUUAGGUGUGGUAAAUUCGGAAAACGAUUUCCUUGGUGUCAGCCUGAAGCGAGAUCUUGAACUGUUCUUACCUAUCGCGAAUCCUUCCCCCCCAAUUUUACGCAAAUUGCGGUUUGGACUGAGGCAUACGCGGAUCGAUAUAGACAGGUUUGGCGCUACGAGUCAAACAUUGUUUCGGGAAAUAGUGUUUUGUUGCUCAUUAUGAGAUUAUAUUGACAUAAAACAUUUUGUAAAUCACCCGUAUGUCAAAUUGUCAAUUUUGUUCUUUACAUGCUUGAGGUAGACCAGGUUGUAAUGGUCAGUUACAUGCUAUUGUAACAUAGCGCAGAAGAGCAGCCAGAACACGCACAAAGAGUAAAUUUGCUUGUGCUGGCUGGGGUGCAUAAGAGGUUGACGAUGAAUUUUCUGAAGGCGCAGAGAAGUGAACGCGAAGUACUGUUGGCUGUGGGAGUGUGUCAUUGGGCAAAAUCCUGAUCAAAGCGGAUUCAUUUCCGGAAAAUGAAGUUGUGCAUUCUUAAGUCGUUCUUUCCACUCUUCCUGUCACCAGAACGCCCAUCUUCCCUUUAAAAUCUUCGUCAACUGUCGGUUUGCAAAGCAUGGCGAAGGCAAUAAGUCAGGCAUUAAUUUGUUUAAUAGCAUGUGCACUAGGCUAACAAAUCUUGGCAAUCAUAUUUGUUUAGGUCAGCGCAUGAAUGAGCCCAGAGAUUUUGUAAUUUAGCAUACUUGUUGGUCAUGAAAAUGAAAUACGUAGACGGUUAAAUAGUUCAUGAAACAUAUGUUUGUGAUAAAAUGGUGGUUACUUAAUAAUUAUAAACUUGUCAUAUACCAGAGAUUAUACUGGGUGUUUUCAUAUUCCUCGCUUCAACACAUUAAAAAUACUUGCUUCUAGAUUGCAAAAAAUGUUUAAACAGUUUUAGCUGGGCUCGUAUUGCAAAAUCGACUUUUGAAUUUUUCGUGCAUCAGGUACUUAAAGAUGAUAUUUAAUUUAUGUGCUUGAGACAUACUUAUUCAACCAUCAAACUCUAACUUAAUGUGCCAGCUAUUUCGUGGAAACCCAAUGAAUGUAAUAUAAAGCAGAUACUUACGGUAUGGAACAUCCAAGAGGCUAACACCGUGUGACGGUUUUGAUUUAUUCAAAUAUUCUAUUUGUCCGCGUAGUGCAGUGUUCUGAAUUAAAAGAACGGUCGACGUUAACUCAGCGACAUUUCAAAUAAUGUUGCUGUAGACAACAAUAUAGUGUUGACAACGAAAGCCAUUAGACAUACCUUGACAUCCUCGGCGUAUAAAAUAGUCACUUGGGUCUCAUUACCAACAUCCAGCUCAGGCGUUAAAAUUGUUCCCACUUCUCUCGGUACCAAGUCGCUUAUAUUCGCUAAAAGUAUAAUUUAAAUGUGAGAUAUUUAAUGCCGAAAGAUAUGCUGUCGCAAUGGAAGUUUAGGAUAGAUUUUCGUUGUUUAGCUUAUCUGGAUGCAUAACUGUUUUAAGUAUAUUUCUCAUAUUGGACACAUUUUACAGCCCCUAUAAUAAACCGUGACAUCUGCAAUUUUUCUACAAGUACUGAAUAUUUACCAGUACUUAAUAAGACUUUGAAUAUGACCGAAUUAACAUAGAUUCUUAUGCUGUCGCCAGCCUACCAAUAUUCAUACAAAAUGAAGACGCCCGUUUAUCGGCCUUAGCAGAAUUCGCAGACCAAAUGGAACAACUAGUUUAUUUGAUCCAUCAGGUGAGAUCAGCCAACACUUGCAUUAUUAUACGUCAAACGUACGCUUAGAUAGCAAAAUCUAGCCUUGACAUGCAUCAGAUACUAUACAAACGUACACGUAUAUUUUAACUAAAAUAUUCUGCUAAGACGUCAAAACAUACCCGGUAAACUCUCAUUAUUCGCCUUGACAAUAAUUGCUGAAGGAGAUUUCUCAUCGUCGAGUGAAUACAAAAUAAUGCUUCCUGGUCCGUUAGAUGGGUUUGCGAAAAGGUUUGAAAACUGAGUGCCUAAAUCGCACAGUAAACGUCAUACUGGAAACGCGAAAAGUGCAUUUAUAAAAUAGUAGAUAUCAAGUUAUACCGUACCGCUCAGCACUUGCCAGCAAGUGUUCCCAAUUUCGCAGGGGUUGGAGAGCGAACCCUCAGAGGCUGGAGUAUUUCCAACUGUGACUGACUGAAAUUAAUGGGAGACACGUGAGCGUUUAUACAAGGAUUUUUUGACCAAUUUUUGGGAAAAAACAUACAUGUGACUUUUGCCUGUAGUAGUUCAAAGCAACAAAGGGCGCAUUUUGACCUGUCGUCACAUUGAAUUCUUGCCUAUCUGAAGCUGGAAACAAAGACAAAGUCGAUCAGUCCUUAGUAAUGGCUACUUAUAGAUAGAUUAAUAUUACUACGCAUAAACCGCAUCUCUGUCGAAUACCCACAUAGUGUGCAGGAUAGAAAGGUGAGAAGAGCGCCAGCGACGAACAAUGACACUAAAAGAAGAGUGUGAAAUGAAAGGAGAUACUAUGAGUAGUGGAAGAUCAGUUGGUCCACGAGUAAUUCAAUGAGAGAAAAAGCAACUCACUUUGUGGGGUUACCGUUUGCAAUAAAACUCGCAUUCCACCUUAGCCAUUAUAUAUGAUCUUGUGCCAAGUAAAAAGUGCAAUGAAAUGCACACAGUUGGAUGUAGCCCAACAGGACAUGCUGACGUAAGUUUCUGGUACUCCCAUAAUUAAUCGUACUAUGAGCACUUCGAAAGAACUUAAAAAAUAUCACAUACGCGUAGGCGUUUGCUUCACUUUAGCGAAGCUCAUUUAAAAGUAAAUGUGAAUCCUUUUCAUCAAAAAUAUCCUGAAAUCUGCGAGCCCUGUAAAAACAGAACACAUUUCCAAAUUCCCUAAGUUUGGCAUUUCUGGACGUUUGUCUGUGAGCAACUUCUAAUCAUGUGACGAUUGGAAAGUAAGAGAUUUUAAAAAGCGUUUUAACAAGGCAGGCAGUUGCAGAUGUGUGGUGACAUAUAUUUGUGGCUAAGGCAUUAUUUAACAAAAUCCUCUAUUAACUCAUGCCCAUCAAAAAAAGCAGAGCACUCAAAAGGCCUUUCUGCUGAAACUCUGCCUUCGGUCUGUAUCGAAUUUAUUAAGGGCAUCCCUCAAUGGACACCACUGCUAGGUGCCACUUUCCCGAUAUUUGCGAUAACGAUGGAAAUAAGCUCUCAACAGUGACGAUAUCCGUCAUUUUUCGUAUCUUCGGAAGUUCUCCAUCUUCUGCUUUAGAAAUCGUCAUCUGGCGUUUGUGUUGGAGGAGUAAGGUCGACACUUGUUGUCGCAUGGCGUUUUUGCACUCCUCGUCUGCCUCACACUUCUAGAGCGCCGAUUCAAAGGAUGCAAUAAAGUCUUCUGGUUGAGCAUCUCUUGUGCUGAACUUCGCGACAUACGAUAGAACCGCGAGUAGAUGCUGAGUGAAACGAUUACAGGACAAGUUGUAAACCAAAGCACCGUCAGCAGAGGACUGCUUUGGCGGACUUAUUUUCUCAAAUUUUCCAGACAACUGGUCAUCACGCAAAUUGCGGUGACGCCGAGCGCUGUCGAGCAUUGCUGCUUUGACGCCAUGCGACAACAAGUGUCGACCUUACUCCUCCAACGGAAAUGCCAGAUGACGAUUUCUAAAGCAGAAGAUUGAGAACUUCCGAAGAUACGAAAAAUGAAGGAUAUCGUCACCCUGCCAGCCGACUAGGGGCGCUAGCCUGUCGUCAUGGAUAAGGCUGAGUACUGCACUAAACUAGGCAACCUCUUGAUGGACACGGAAGCUUAUGCGCCAUCGACCGCCAGCGAGUUUAAGAAGCUCGUAAACAGCAAAAGAAGGGGACACCGAUGGGCUCGCCUCUCUCUGGACUAAUAACCGAAACAGUUUUGCAGAGACUCGGGCAGCAGGUCUUCAGCUCGUACCCCCCGAAGUUCUGGGCAAGAUAUGUCGACGACACGUUCGUUGUAAUCAAGAGUAGCGAGCUGAAGGAUUUGAAGACAUUUUUGAACUCGAUCAUCCCCGACAUUUAGUUUACUAUGGAAGGGGAAGUAAACAGUCAGUUGCCCUUCCUGGACGUACAAGUUACGAGAUUGACGGACGGGAAAAUAAGGGCAACGGUUUAUCGCAAGACAACAAAUACUAGGUGCAUCCUCUACUUCCCAAGCAACCACCCUGUUGGUCAUAGACGCAAAUGUGUCAGAACUCUCUUUCAGCGUGUUGAAUCACACUGCAGAGGCGACAGUGGGAGGAAGGCGGAGAUGAAGUACUUACAGGGCCUUUUUAAAGCCAACGGCUACCCGAAGUCGUUCAUACGCAAUUGCCUCAAAACGCCUCAUUUUGAGCGGUCGAGUGGAGAUAAGCCCAAGUUCUGGCUCUCAAUACCCUAUGUGAAGAACGUAUCAGAGCCAACGGCAAGAAUCCUGAAACCUUUUGGGAUUGGCGUGGCUCAUAAACUAGAAUGCACCAUCAGACAGCAAAUCAUGAAGCCCAAAGACCCGCUACCAACAACAGAACAGUCGGCGGUGGUCUACAGCAUACCAUUGCUAAAUUGCAAUGCGAGGUAUGCCGGUGAAACGGGCAAACGCUUCGUUACAAGAUUGCGCGAACACCAACUUGCAAUCAACCGCAAAGACAUGGUGUCUUUGGUCUAUGGCCACAUACGAGAACUGAACCACAAUUCUGCCUUUGAGAAAGCGAGGGUAAUUGGUCGAGCCAAUGAGAAGAUGGCCAAACUGGCGCUCGAAAGUUGGUCCUCGACGGGUACAAUCAACCGAGCUAUAAAUCUACAUCCCACCUACCAGGAACUGUGUACGAGGCUCUGAUCACUCCGGACAGGACCAGUAAGGCAAGCGAGCACGCGGGACCGAGAGUCAACGCUCAUGGAAAAGAGCGGGAUUUGGGGCCAGAGGUCAUGUGACCAAAGCCGAACACUGUCUCACCGAUGCGCCCGCGAAGCUGAAUGCUGCUCACCUAAACAGCAUACAUCGAUCAUUACGAUAAACUAACUUGCGCUCAAGUCACCAUCUUUUUCGCACCUUGGAGCGCAGCAUACACUGUCUGGCCUCAUCCCCAUGCACACUGAGACUGCGCGGACGGGGAGGAAGGAAGAGUGACUGAAUGUACCCCUGCAACGGCGCUGAGACGUUUUAGCCGUUGUUUGUACGUCCAUUGACCUUAGCUGUCAUGCAAGUCUGGCAAAUCUGUUUGCGCUGCCACGACUCUCCGCCUUCUCGUCAGCCUGACUAGUGGAUUGUGAGGCCGUAGUGACGACUGCGUCUUCGUCGGACCCGGGUGGAUAGGCAGUUAAUUGCGCAUCCGCAAUGAACUCGAUCGUGUUUUGAUUCACGCUUAGCAUGGGUGUUCGUUUGCUCUUCUGCUCAUUGAGCUGCAUCUGACAGAUUUAGUAGGCCUCAGGAAGCACCGUGCCAGGCGCUGGCUGCUUCACUGGCUUUUUUUUUCGGGUGAGCAGCAAUACAAUGUACAGUCAAAGCACAAGUUUGAACAGUAGACCGUUUUGUUAUGUUAAUCAGUAAUGACAUUCUGCCUUUAUCAUGACCAGCUGUGAGGCUGCUGGUUCGGCUAGAGAGAGGGCCUUAGGCACAGCGGGACGAGCGGUUUCUUUAAACAGUCGGUGAGCGCCCCGCUACCAUUGACAUACAUGUCCUUCAGAUUGGCAUUCGCAGAUAUAUAUUUGACGCAGAGCAGCAAUUGUUUUGGGUUAUCAUCUCGAAGGGCUAUCGAUUCCAGUUUCCCCGUUAUGGUCUCCUAAAGAAAGCCAGACGCACGCGAACCCGUAAAAACACGGAGCCGAGCGAUCACAUUAGUGCCACGGGUGCGGAUCUGGUCCAAAAUAUCAUUUUGAACAUCACCACUACGAAUUUAGUGGUUGGUGUUUUUCGAUUGAUUGAAGAGAAUCGUCCAAUUAGGGCAUGAAUCAACAAACACAAUGAAAAUAUCGUAACCUACUACUAAUGUCGCUGUGGAAAUUAGUAAGAAUUCGGUACCUUUUUCGGGAACCGACACAUUCACGAAAUGCGUCAACAAACGUGAUCUACGCAGUAUGUUAUUACCGAAAACCGUGAACUUGUCAGUACGUCGGCCAGUUAGAGCAUUAUCAUCGAGGCGUCGUGUGCUUCAUCUGAAUAUGAAACCACAACAGCCUAUAGUCCAUAGGAGAAAUCACUAACUGACAGCUCUAUCCUAAUACGAAUACAUUUUCACAGUACUUACAUUGCUUUUUAGGAGCUAAGUUCGGAGAAUGGAUAACAAGCACCUAAAUACCUGUCUAUUCUGGGGCGGCAGCGUCUGUGCAAUUACCGCGACACGCUGCGGUUGCCAAGAUUAUUUGAGAUGAGUGGGAGCUAUCGACCAUGUGCCCGGACCUAAGGAUAGUUUUGCUUGGCCUUUCUCUCAGAUCCCAUUCUCAUAAGCUUUCGAGGGCUACUGUCGCCUUUACCUUGCUUGAAACAGUUGCAGAUCUAGACAGUAGCCCAGGCCACAUUAAACAGUAAUGGUAAUAAUAUUGUGUUCCUACUGAAUUUUAGUCGGUGUGUUUGGCAUCACUUGGGCCAGAUAACGUCAGAAUAAAUCCUUAAGCAGACCAGAGUGCAUAGAUUGCAAAUCUGCCAGUUAGAUGACCGCCUGCCGGAUCAACAUUGACUUUGUAAAAAACGUUUUGCCCCGAUGACAGCAAUCGUGUUCAUCGUCUUGCACACCUCACCGAAGCCCGUCCACUAACCACCUUUCUGUCGGACCCUAAAGUGUCCUUGGUAGAUGGUACUACCAGUAGCCACCGCAUAGUACCUAGCCAUUGUACAGUACGUGACCGAUCUUAUAAGAUGUUUGCCAAAAUUCUGGAAUGCGGUUCCGAUUAGGAAGGAUUACUUUAGUGGAAUUGUGAUACUGAUUAGCAUGCAGGAUAAACUUAAAACAUUUCCGACUUGACAGGAUGUCGGCUUUUAAAUGCACUUCUUUUUGGCCUCCUGCGGAAAACGCUUUCGGCAAAAAAUGACUACCUAAUUAGCAUUCCUUUUUUCCUAUUGAUUUUUGGUUGUUUGUAAAUUCUAAUUUAUCUACAGAAGACAUGCACAAAAUUAUGCUUUCUUUUGAUCUCUUGGUAGGAAAUCACAUUGUCAUCGUAUUUUAUGACUGAAGAAAAUGUUUGUUUAGGUGUUAAAAAUUCUCUUUAUUCCCAAAUAAUUUUCAGCUUGAACUGCCAUUGUAUCAAUGUUAAGGAAUUUUAGUCUACACGAUUGUACGGGUUCCUAAUUUGCUGUCGUCUUCCGCUGAUUAUCUUUCACAUACAAGAUAUCCAUCAUUUCCAACAGCAGUUUCGUAUAAUAAUGCCCGAGGAUAUCUCUCUGUCCGUCUAUCAUUCUGCGGAAUUGCGAUUCAAAGUACCACAAGGUCCAUGUAUCAUACCCAUCAUCACAACUUCAUGCAAAUAUUUGUCGACGUCUGGGUCAUUGCAGAUUACAUCGUCGACUUCGUUGGAUGUGUUCUUGUUGUAGAACCAGAUCAAGAUAUGUGCGUGGGGCAGUCCAGUCUUUUGCUAUUCCACCAAAUACAUCCAGCAGCGCACACAUACAAACAGCUCUUGUUUCCCAAUGAAGUUCAUCGACGAUUUCAGCUUCUGUCUGAGAACACGAUCUGUGUUGUAAUGACUCCCCACCGACGAUUACCCAGGAGGUAAGAGCUGUUUAAUAUCUCACCAUGCGGGAUGCCAUGUGAAUGUAAUAAAUGGGUCUUGAUGCCCGUACUGACGAAAGUAAAAACUUGAGCAUACUCAUGCAUAUAAUGUGGACGGCCUGAGUAUGAGAAUGGCAAAUCGUUAGCCUUCCAACGUUUGUCGUUUAUAACUGCGUCGCAGAGUGGUUUACUUCAAGCAAAUGAAAAGCAGGCGUGCUACUAAAAUUUUUACGUACCAAUCCACAAUGUUUUGGCGAAACAGCUGACAGAGUCACGCGCGCAAUUCUCAGCGGAAGCGGUGACGUUCCGUUUAUGUGUGUUUUGUAGCAAGUUCAAGUGGAGCCAAAGUUGUGCAUGUUUUGUUUUCCCUAUGUGUGGUUUGCCCUAGCGGCCCACAUUGCAUCGGCAUGAGGAGGGGGGGCAUUUUCAAGUAUCUGUGGGUGGACGGGGUGUGGCGAGUGCGGCCGUCGGGCGGAGCAUGUGCGACUGACCGACGUUUGGCAGGCGUACCUGUGCCCAAGUGAAUGCAGAUCAAGUGGCCGCAGGUCAGCGCGUCAUCAUAUGGCGUUGAUAUUGUAGGGGAACACGUACCAUUGACAUAACUAUGAAGGUAGCCAUAAAAAGACCCGCCUCGAAGCUCAAGCAAGAUUGUUUCUAAAUUGCAGGGCAAUCGAUUCUGUACUUUUGGGGAUUAGCAAUAACAGAAAAACAGACGGUUGCAUUUUUAUAUGCAUAAUUGGCUGAUGGUAAUGUGUACCGCGGUUGCAAUUAGCAGCCUCGGCAUUUGCAUAGCAGAAGAUCUUUUUUCCAGUAUGGAUCGUGUGAAGGCACCUUUUGGCUGGUCGUGUGUGUGAUCGGUGUCCUUCUCCUGAUCGUUGCCUCCAUGUUUAGGUCAGGUUCACACACGCCAACUGAUGCAACCAAAUCGAUAGUAAGCACGACCACGCCAGCAUGACACCGCGCAUGUCGCUGCCUCAUCAAAACGCCUACGCAGUUCACUGGCGUGCUUUCGCCAUUAUCUUCCCUAAAAAGCAUACACACUCGGUGUUCUUGAGUACCAUAUCGUCACGUGCCACAUCUUACUUGACUUGUGGAUUAGUGCUAGAGAUACCUCAGCAAACACUGUGAUUUAAUCUCUUUUUCGUAUCAUGUUAAACAUGCACGAGCCGGCGUAGCGACCUGACGCCGAGAUCCGUGGCAAUGAUCUUGAUCUAUGCGUCAGACGACAUGAAAAACGACUUAAUUGUAGGCAUUAUCUCAAGCGCAUCUGCGUGAGCGUUUUCAAACACAUAAAACAUAUAUCAGCAUACCAAUGACAAUAAAAACAAAUGCUGCCCAUUUAUCCGUUGCCUUUCGAAAUUUAUGAAAUAAAUAAGAGGCAUAUGAGACGGAAAUGCACCCACCAAAAACUGUAAACUCAAAUUAAUCGUAUGUACAAUUGCUCAAAAUGCACUGAAAGUGCCGCGCGGCUCGGAUCUGAGGUCUCCGUUAGAAGGCAUACUCACUUCACAAAGGUUCAACAACAAAAGCUGUGGUUGUUGGAGCUUUGCAUAGUCUUACUUCGUUACUUUUACCAGUUAAUGACGCCGAAAUUACGAAGCACCGGCUUAAAGAACACAUUAAUGAUCUACAAAAGGCUGAAACACGAGGAAGUUGACUUGUUUGAUCACAUGAGCACGUCCGUAUCAGAAGCGCCAAUUAUGUCGUCCACGGCGUGUAUUGUAAAAAUGUUUCUGCACAUGCAGUCCUUAGAGAAACACCUGUUUCCAACUUUAUUGAUUUUCUUUGAAGUCAAAUUGACUCUUAUUUCAAAAUUAGUACACCCCCUAAAUUCAACUAACGUUGUGGAUGUGUUUUUUGCAUUAUUUUAGUGCAUGUUCUUAGUCUAAAAUUCGGCAUCAGCUGUUCCCUUACAGUAAUGUAUACAUCACUGAGAUUACACGGUGAAUAGAACCCUGUCGAGGUAUUCUACUCAUAAGUUCUACGCGAAGAGAGAUUAAAAUAAUGAACGGCGCUAUUGCAAUUAACGUGAAGAAAACACAAAUUACAUUCCCGUCCCUGUGCUUGUUAGAAGAAUCAGCGAAUCCCUGAUGAUUCCAAUAAUUUUAACUCAAAUAUCGACUUAUCAGCCUUUUAAGGACACCGUAUUCCGAGAAUUAUGGCGAUCAUUGUCUGCAAAUUGAUGUAACUGUUGCAACAUCGACCUACGCCCGGGGUUGGUCAUGCGGUCAGGUGAUUGCAGGACAGAUAAACACUACCAUCGACAGUAUCAUAGAAAUCGAUACACAUAUCCUCAUACAGGGUUUCCGUAAAUGCAGGUUGGUUUAAACAACAUGGAGAGCCGCUAAUUUACCGUUCGAAAUGUAAAAGUAAGUCAGUCGUGGCGAUAAAAGCCACUGCGUAAGACGUUUUCGAUAUACGAUAUCAUGCUUGAGUACUUGAAAAAUAGCUAGGAAACUAAGGAAAUAAACGUGUCGGUAAUACAAGCAUAGUUAUUUGUGCGCGUAUGUCAAUUAAAUGCCUUUUUCAGACAAGCGGCACACAAAUGUUCGUGUGCACACAGUCGUGCCACGGUCUCAUUCGACACUUACUGGAAGCAUUUCUUAAGGAAAUUUCACGUCAUCGCAAAGAUGAAUAUGCCAUCUAUUUUAAUCCGUAGACUAUGAGCGAAACAAGGCUGUUGCUGAGUGUUUUAUUUGCAAAGCGUUGCUAAAAUUUUAUGUGAAAAACACAACGUAAAUCUUUAAGAAAAUGAGUACAAGUUACUUUUUACUUUUGUCAUGAUUGCAUUGACAAACGAUGGCCGCUUUCAGCUGGAACCGUGCAUUUGACAAUACGGAUGCUUGCAGUGUCAUCCGCCUGUUUGUUAAACUUCGUCGUCAUUUUCAUUAUUUGAAAUUUUUUGGUUUGCAUUAGUACUAAUUUUCGUGUACAUAUUUUACCGACGACACCGUGUACUUUUGAUUUGAAGGCGGUACGUAACUUUAUAUCUUCCAAGCAGUGCAUUGUAAAAUUGAGCUUCCUAGCUAAGUAAAUAAAGGUGUAUGAUUUUUGCCAUGCAUGUACUGGACCCUGGAUAAUAUCUUUUUUAUCAUGACUGAUUCACCCGAUUUUCUGAAUUAUUCUGAAAAGAAAAUGUUUAAGAAUUAAUUCGCUUGCCCUGUUGCUUAUUUUUAAAAUACAUGCACGCUAAGUUCAGCAAACGAUUGACGUAAUUGUUUCCUCCGGUGCUGGAGACGGAGACACCGACUUUAACAACUCUGACGCUGUUCUUGGAACUGGUUUUGAAUUUCUUAUACUUCCUGACUCAAAUUACUUAAUCCGGAUUUUAAACGUACCAUAGUUCACCAAUAUAAAUUGCACUUCCCAAGAAAAAUCAUCUUAUAUAUACAUAACAUUGCGCACUAAUAGCAUAAGCAAAUUACGGCCUAAAUAAUGUUUUGCUGACAGAUGAUGUUUUUGUUGAGGCUGAUGUCUCUGGACGUACCGCAUCAUGAAAACGCCGGAGAAUAUGGAAGUGCAUUUUCAGAUUAGUAACAAUCUAACAUAAUAUAACUCGCUUUAUUUUAUCAAUAAAUAUAUUUCAGCAAAUGCUUUAAUGUCUUUUCAAAUGCGAUUGCUGCCGACAACGUUCUCUCUAUGAAUAGAGUAAAAUUUCCCUUGAAUUUUUGCAUCAAAAUAAGUUCUCCUUGGUCACCUGCGUAUUAAGGCAUAGCUUAGCCAUUUUUCUGUAACGCGUAUUCUGUUAACUUGCUGUUCCACACUUCGACAUGUGCAGUGCGUGACAGAUCUCAUUAAAUGUUGGCCGAAAUUCGGAAACGCGUUUCCGAUAAAGAAAAAUUACUUGGGUGGGGUUUUAAUCUUAAUUAAAAUGUCAGAUGUUCUUAAAGUGUUUGUGACCCGCCGGGAUGUAGGCUUUUGCAUGCACUUCCUUUGUGUUUCUGCAUAAACCACCCUCGCGAAGAAUUGGCAAUUUAUGUCGACCGCAAUGGUCACCCCGAUUUUUGGUGGUCUUAAAAAUUCAAAUAUUUUUGUAGAAAAAAUGUAGAAAGCCCCAUAUAGUUUGGUCGUGUACAGCAAGUCAAUCAUUAUUUUGGUAUGUCAGUAAAUAAAAUAUUGUCUUCUUACUCAUUAAGGGAUUCUAUUGGCAUAAACAUUUUAUCAAUCACAUGCAUGCUAAAUUGUCCAUUUUGUCUUUUGCAUGCUUGAGGUAGACCAGGUUGUAAUUAUCAGUUAGAUGUUAGUGUCACAUAGCGCAGAAGAGCAGCCAGAACGUAUGCAAAGAGCAAAUGUGUUUGCGCUGGCUGGAAUGCAUAAGAGGUUGUAGGCACCGUAGACGAGGAAUCUUCUGGAGACGCAGAGAAGUUAACACGAAAAACUGUUGGUUGAGGAAGGUAGUCAUAUGGCAAAAUCCUGAUCAAAGCGAAUUUAUUUCCGGAAAAUGUAAUUGUGCAUUCCAAAGGCGUUCUUUCCACUCUUCCCGUCACCAAAACUCCCAUCAUCCCUUUAUGGUCUUCAUUAACUGUUUGUUUGCAAAACAAAACACAUAACGUAAGCAGUAAGGCAGGCAUUAAUUUGCAAUUAUGUGCACACUAGACCAGCAAACCUAAAUUUUAUAUUUGCUUAUGUUAGCGGAUGAUUAAAUACGGAUUUUUUGCAAUUUACACAUACUUGUUGCUUAUGGAAACCGAAAUACGUAAACGAUUAUUCCGUCCAUAAAAUAUAUAAAACUUGUCAUAUUUCAGAAUUUAUCCUUAGGAUUUCCAUACCCUUUUUUUCUUUAAAUCAGUAAUAUGUUUUUAGAUUGCAAAUCAUACGGACUUUGUGCUGGGCUCGAAAUGGAUUUUUAAAAUUUUUCCAUCCAUAAAUUGCUAUAGUUGAUAGUUAACUAUUGAAAUCUAAUCUGUUAUGCCUGUUAUUUCGAAGAAAUACAAUGAAUUUAAUAUAAAAUGGUCUCUUACGGUAUGGAACAUCCAAGAGGCUAUAACGCAUUGACAAAUUAACUUUAUUAAAAUACGAUAUCCGUCCGUGUAUGGUUGUGUUCUGAAGUAAAAUAACAGUCGGCGUUAACAUUUUAACAUUUCAAAUAAUGUUGCUGUAGACAACAAUAUAAUGUUCAGAACGAAUACCUUUAGACAUACGCUGACAUCCUCGGCGUAUAAAAUCGUGACCGAGGUCAUAGCUCCAUCGUUCAGCUCAGGCGUUACAAUUUCUCCCACUUCUUUCGGUACCAAGUCAGCUAUAUUCGGUAAAAGUAUAUUUUCAAUGUGAGCCAUUUAAUUCCGAAACAUAUGCAGUCGCAAUGCACGUUUAGGACGGAUUUUCGUUGUCUGGGAUAUCUGGAUGCUAAACCGUUUUAAUAAUAUUUCACGUAUUGGAAACAUUUGGAAGUCCAAAGAGUAAAACGUGACUGUUUUAAUUUCGUUCUACGUAAUUUAUGUCCAAAUAUAAUUACAUUCCUAUGCAGUAUCCAGCCUGCCAAUAAUCGUACAAAAUGGAGGCCUCCGUUUGCCUGCAUCCACAGAAUCCGCACACAAAUAAAACAGCCAAAUUGUUUGAUCAAUCAGGUGACAUUAGCUCACACAUUCAUUACUAUAUGUCAGCUUUACAUUUACUUAGGAUAUCAAUCUGGCAUUAGCAUGCCACAGUUAAUGGCCAAACGCAACGUCUUUUUAAAUGAAAAAAAAAUUAUGAGAAAACGUCAGAACUUACCCGGCAAAUCCCCAUUCUUCGGCUUGACAACAAUCGCUGAAGGAGAUUUCUGACUGUCGAGGGGAUACAAAAUAAUGCUUUCUGGUCCGUAAGAUGGGUUCGCCAACAGAGUUGAAUAUCGAGUGUCUAAAUCGCGCAGUAAACCUCAUACUGGACACGUCCAAGGUGUAUUUAUAAGAUUGCAGUUAUCAAAAAUGCAGUACCGUUCAGGAAUUGCCAACAGGAGCUCCCAAUUACGCAUGGGCUAGAGAGCGAACCCUCGGAGGCUAAAGUAUUUCCAACUGUGACUGACUGAAGUUAUCGGUAGAUGCGUGAGAGUUCAUACAAGGUUAAUUUGACACAAUGUUUUUGAAAACAACAUACCCGCGGCUUUUGUCGGAAGUAGGUUAAAGCAACAAAGGGCGCAUUUUGACCUGUCGUCACAUUGAAUUCUUGCCUGCCUAAAGUUGGUAACAAAGACAAAGGCAAUCAGUCGUUAAUAAUGGCUACUUAUAGAUUGAUUAAUAUUACUACGCAUUAACAGCAUCUCUGUCGGAUACCCACAUGGUAUGCAGGAAAGGAAGGUGAGAAUAGACCAGCGAUGAACAAUGACACUAAAAUAAAAUUGUCUAGGAAAAAAAGCACCGUCAUUGAUGGCAUACCACUUAGCCCAUGAGUAAUUCUGUGAGAGAACUAGCAUCUGCAACUCACUUUGUGAGGAUAACGUUUGCAAUAACGCCCGCGUGUAACCUUGGUCAUUAUUUAUGAUUUUGUGACAUAUAAAAAGUACAAUGAAUUGCACACCGUUUAAUGUAGACUAACAGGGCAUGCUGACGUAAGUGUCUGGUUCUUCCAAACUGAAUCGUGCUCUGAGUACUUUAAGAAACUUGAGACAAUCUAAACAUAUCUAACUUUUCUUAUAUUUUCCAUCAAGCGAUUGCAAAUAACAAUUUAAUUGUGAACAAUGUCUCAUUUGAGUACUUCGGGUGUUUUCCUCUUCGUCGGUUGAUGAGAAGAGAUACAGCCUAGUGCUUAUUCGGUAAGGCAAAAUACAUCCCUGGUAAUAUAUAAGGAAAUAACGCGAAUACUGGCAGACAGUUUGAAAGGGUUUGAGAAGUUUUAGUCAACCCGAUUAAUGUGUGAGUAAGGCAUUAUAAAACAAACUGCGCGUCGGAGUGACUGCGGCCAUUGUUCUUGUUUUUAUUGGCCGUUGUCCGCCCUCCACGUAUUUUUCCUUCCUGCUGGUGUUGACGUCUGGCUGGAGUAUCCUGUCACUGUCGGGCGUUCGCACCGUGAGCUCGUGUCUCCUGGGUUUGCGUACGCUGCCGGUUGUCCACUGUUUUGUCUGUUCCCGUUGCCUCUCUAUGUUCGUUCGUUUUCCCGCUAGGUCUGGGUUCGACUACUCCUGUCACUGGCCUGACGCCUAGUCGGUAGCCCUGCAUGUUGAACUUAACCCUUAGGGCUUGGUAGACAGCUGGCAACAUUACGCAGCGGUUGGUGGAUGGAGUUGUGGUGUGCCAGCCUUCGAGCGUCUCCCUGACCGUUUGAUCGCUCUCUUGGCCCUUGAUUUUGACGUCUUGGAAAGCGCUGGCAUGGCCAAAAUCUGCACAAUGUUCCGCCACCAGCGAGAGCAGAUCCAUCCUUCGUACAGCUCUUGCGUGCUCGUCCAUGCGGGUCUGCAAUCUUCUCCCGCGUUCUCCAACGUAGUUUAUUUCGCCAGAACUACAAGGGAUUCGGUAGACGACGGCGGCAGUUUCACCUCGUGGUAGAGGCGCUUUUGGUUUCAUGACAAAACGUCUAAUUGUCGAUUCGAGUUUGUGGGCGAUGUCAAUACCCAAUGGAUGCAAGAUACGAGCAACUGCCUCGAAAAUGUUUUCAAUUUAUGGCAGCGCUCGCUAGACUUUCAGCUGAUUUGCCGUUGACUUAAUGGUUGGUCGGGACAGUGUGCUGCGUUUUAUAAAGCUGCCGUAGGAGUUCAGCUACCUUGUCGGCCGGUUCGCUGCAGUGAGUGUCAACUCUCUUGUAGAGAGAUCGAACACAGCUUCGUUUGUGACAUAGCGGGUGAUUGAUGUGGUAGGAGAGGACUCGGCGAGAGUUAGUGGCCUUCCUGUAGACCUUGGAUUUCAGGCUUCCGUUGUCCUUGCGAUGGACCAAGACGUCUAGAAACGCGACCUGAUUUUUGUUCUCUGUCUCCAUGGUGAACUGAAUAUCGGGAAGAACAGAGUUCAGUUGCGCGUGGAAAUUCAAGAUCAUUUCCCGUUUGAGAAGGUCGAAGGUGUCGUCCACAUGUCGCGCCCAAAAUUUUGGCUUGUAUGUUGUAAACACCAAUGUCUCCGAACUUCAAAAACGGAUUCAGAGAUGAAUUCGCAUAGUGAUGAGCUCAUUGGAGUACAUUUGAUUUGCUCAUACACUGUUGCUUCAAAUAUAAAGGAGGUUUGGAGGCAGUAUUUAAGCAGUUGUCCUAGGUGCCCCCGCAUAGGGGUAUAGUUUGCCUCCGUCUAUAGGCUGUUGACUAGGUCACUGAGAGUUUCAAAUGCCGAAUGAAUUAGAAUAGAGGUGAAAAGCGAGAUUAUAUCAAACGACACCAUGAGAACAUCAAAAAUGGUAGUUUUGUGUCAAAUUCUUUCUCGUGUGAAUUUAAUUCCUGGCAUUGUUGAGUUGAUGGUGUUGUGGAGCCUUGCUAGUUGAAAUAUUUCAACGAUCACAAAUCUCCCCGCAUGGCUUGUUACUCCGCCUAGGCGCAGAUUUAGCACUUAGUAUGGAGUCGGAAGAUCGUUGCACUGGUUGAUGGACAGGGGGUCAGUUAACCUUGAUUCCAGUAGCUUCCGACUCACCGUUGUCACCUCUUGCGAGAAUUUCGGACUCAUCGAAUUUGAAUAUGUGGCCGGAUCUAGUCGAAUGAGCCGCAACUUCAGAGCUGGCGUCAUGUUUGCGCACCACUGCCGCUUGUUCGGCAAUUCUCAAUCGGAGCUGUCUUCCGCUUUCUCCGACGUAGUUGCUUUGUCCGCAACUGCACCAGAUCCGAUAAACGCAUUCAGACGUUUCUAGUCGUGGCAGUGGGUAUUUCGGUUUCAUGACCAGACGCCUGAUGGUUGCAUCCGGUCUGUGAACCACUCCAACCCCAAGUGGUGCAAGAAUGCGGCCGACAGUUUCCGAAACGUUCUUGACAUAUGGAAGCGCUUGCCAAGAUUUGGUGUCUGUGCGUUUAGGCCUUUCGUCCAUUUUGUGUAUGCACCGGUCGACGAAUUUGCGCGGGUAGCCAUUGGAUUUGAAGACCCGUCGGAGGUAUUGUAGUUCGGCAAUCUUGUCUACCGGCUCACUGCAGUCAGUUUCGACACGCCGAUAGAACGUCCUUAUACAACUGCGUUUGUGGAUGAUUGCGUGGUUACUGUUGAAAUUCAGUACUUGCAUCGCAUUUGUCGCUUUCUGAACACUUCGCAAUCCUUGCGGCAUACGAGGACAUGCAGGAAGGGCAGCUGUUUGUUCUCUUCCUCCUUCUUUGCAUGUCAGCAGCUGAUCCUGGUCGCUAAAGACCAGGGUAUCAUUUAAAUACCGUGCCCAGAAUUGCGCUUUUUGAUGGUGAAAUACCAACGAACAUAGCGAACAGGGCAUGACACGCAACGCAGCACUGGAGAACAAAUUUCGACAGCUGGACAAUCCAACGUCGCCCAGAAACGACAAGCUGGUGCACAACCUGUUGUCAAAGGAGCUGACAAAGUACCAAAUGCAGGUUUAACGGCACGAAGCUUUAUUUAACAAUGCUGACGCCAAACCUGUUAACAUGAUUGCAGCAGUGGAAUCAAUCCUUUUUCAGACGGAGGCAACGGAGGAGAUUAAGAGUAUCAUCCGACACAAAAUGUCGUCUCUCCUUAUUGCCCACAGGCCGCGGGAAGUGCUUUCCAAGGCCGAACGAGAUGCGCUUAGAUGAUACCAUGGUCGGCAUCGAACGGGAUCAGGUGUCGACUUUCCAAGAAUAUAUCGAUGCCGUCUCACCGGACAUUCAAUUUACGAUGGAGGAGGAAGAGAACAACCAGCUGGCCUUCCUGGAUGUCCUCGUAUGCCGCAAAGAUUGUGGUGAACUAAAAGUCAAACUGUUCAGGUAG